CGAAAGAGAAACAACAAGAGAAAAGAAUGCCGACAACGGCGGAUCGACGGAAACGAAGAAGCUUCACGACCACUGCGCCCACCGAAGAUCUCCCACCAAGCUCCAAGGCUCCGAAGCACCGGUACCAAUCAGCACCUCCAAGAAGGACCGCGACGAUGACGACGCUGCUGCCAAGGGUUUCCCCCGGUACACGACGAGGCGAGAGGAAGGGGCGCCCCGACGCCCUCCAGGAAGGUCCGGCGGCACCCACCGGCGUCGCCGCGUCGGUGUCGGACAGGCCGACAGGGGUUUCCCCCGAUCCCAACCUUCACCUCGGGUGCUCCAGAGCCUGCCACCAAACCGACCACCAUCUUGCGCCACCAUGUUCAAGAAGCCUCCACGCCGUCUCACCACGGCACCACGGAGUGAGGUCUGCACAACAAGGGAUAGAAGCCGGGACUAGGGGCCGCAGCACCGUCGGCACGCGGGAGGGCACAACCUCCACCGUCAACGACGGUAGCCGACCGGACACAAUAGCAGGAGCAUACCAGGCCCGUGGGCCCACAGGCCCGGCCGGGAACUCCAUGCCCGUAAAGCUCCCGCCAUCGCGCUGCAGCAGGCACGCCGUCGGCAUCGCCGCCCCCCGUCCGAGCUGCUCCUCCUCACCACACAGACGACGACGAAGCCACGCCGGGGACCGGCCCGCUAGGACCCAGAUGGGGCCGGGAGGGCCCAGAUCUGGGCCGGGGACGCGCCGCCGGCCACCGCACGCCACCACGCCGCCCUGCUGCCAAGGGCAGCACCGCCACCGCGCCUACCGCCGGCGACCGCCGCCGGGUCACCGCCCAGCCGAGCAUCACCGCCGCCGUCACCAGCCCCGGGAAGGAGAUGAACGCGUGGGUACAGAAGGGCCCGCCGCCGCCGGCAGCACCCGGG